AGUCGUGAAGCGUCGUGCGUUGUGCGCAGUCGUGUUGUUUGUUACCGUCAUUGAUUUACAUGCCGUUACGUGAAUAACAUACAUUUUUGUAACCGAAAACGAAAGAGAGUGAAAGAGUGUCAAUUCAAAUAAAUUCAUAGUCCAAUCAUAAUUCACAAUAGAGUCAACACUAUAAAAUGGAUGAGCCGCUAGCCAAUGCAACAACAGUAACAACAAACUCAUCAUCAUCCACAUCAACAGCAACAACAAUAGACAACAGCAGUAACAGCAGUAACAGCAGUAACAACAACAACAACAACAACUGCGCCCAGGACUCAACGCAGCCGCCCAAAGUGAGCAUCUUCUUUGGCAACAGCUCAAACUAUCAGAGUCGUGUGCAGCAGCUGAUCAGCUUCAGUUUCACAUCGUCGUUCCAUCUGAUCUCGAUCACAUACAUAUUGAGCAUCAGUAAAUUUUGCAAUGCUGCUGCGAUAAAUGCGGCUCAGGUGACGGGCGCGGCCCCCAUCGGAUCGGCCCUGCUGGAGAAGAUCAUGAAGACGACAACGCUGGGACCGCAACUGGAUAAACUGAAAAGCUUUGCACCGUCAGCAGCAGCAAAUAGCAUUAAUCCUGCUAGUAGCAAUUCCAUUGGUUCUAUCUUCUUCAAUAAAAUGAGUAUGGAUUUCAUGUUCCUGAACGUGUCGGGCAAGGCAAAUACGUCAUUGGAUAUAACUCAAAGCCUACCGCAUUACUGCGAGGAGAAACAAUUUCGCUGCAACAGUGGUGAAUGCAUUCCCAUACGAUUUGUCUGCGAUGGCUCAUCCGAUUGCAAGGAUCACAGUGAUGAGCGACUGGAGCAAUGCAAAUUUGCAGAGUCGACUUGUGGCGCUGAACAGUUCCGUUGCAACAAUGGCUACUGCAUAUCCAAGAAAUGGCGUUGCGAUCGCGAAAAUGACUGUGCCGAUGGCUCCGACGAGGCACCAGGGCUUUGCAAGAGCAAACCCUGCUCACAGGAUGAGUUCGCCUGCAAGGGCGGCGAUGUGGGCUGUAUACCGUUGGCCUGGAUGUGUGAUCAGAGCAAAGAUUGCAGCGAUGGCUCCGAUGAGGCCACGUGCAAUACCACCUGCCGCUCCGAUGAGUUCACCUGCAGCAAUGGGCGUUGCAUUCAGAAGCGAUGGGUCUGCGAUCACGAUGAUGACUGCGGCGAUGGAAGCGAUGAGCGCAACUGUCCCAAAAUCGAGUGCAACAGGAACAACACCUUCACCUGCAGCAAUGGCGCCUGCAUUCCCAAGGGUUGGGUUUGCGAUGGCGAACCCGAUUGCCCGGGUGCCGACGACGAGCGCGACUGCGCCAAGUCGCAGGUGAUUGUGACGCCCUGCCUGGCACAUGAGUAUCAGUGCAGGGAUCGCAUUACCUGCCUGCACCAAAGCUGGCUCUGCGACGGAGAUCGCGACUGCCCCGACGGCGACGAUGAGCAUGCCUCGAACUGCAAGAACAUCACCUGCAGACCGGAUCAGUUCCAAUGCGGCGAUCGUAGCUGUAUUGCCGGCCAUCUCGCUUGCAAUGGGCAGGCGGAUUGUGCCGAUGGCAGCGAUGAACGGGAGUGCAGACUGAAGGCUCAGACUAAGGGCUGCAACGCCACUAGCCAAUUUGAUUGUGGAGGCGGACAAUGUAUUCCCCUAUCCAAGGUAUGCGACAAGCGCAAGGAUUGCCCCGAUGGCGAGGAUGAGCCGGCUGGCAAAUGUGAAGUCAAUGAAUGCGCCUCGAGAAAUGGUGGCUGCAUGCAUCGUUGUGUGGACCACCUGGUGGGUUACAGCUGCGAUUGUCACCAGGGAUACAAACUAUCAGGAGACAAUCGCACCUGUCUGGAUGUCAAUGAGUGCGAACAACCAGGUGUCUGCUCCCAGAUCUGUGUGAAUGAAGUGGGCGGCUUCAAGUGCGAGUGUGAGGCGGGCUACAUGCGAGAUCCUCGGAAUCACACACGCUGCAAGGCAACCGAAGGACACGCCUCGUUGCUCCUGGCACGUCGUCAUGAUAUACGCAAGAUUGCGCUGGAUCACAUGGAGAUGACAUCGAUUGUGAAUAACACAAAGUCUGCGACGGCGCUGGACUUUGUGUUCCGCACGGGCAUGAUCUUCUGGAGCGAUGUGACCACGCAGAGCAUCUACAAGGCGCCCAUCGAUGAGGGCAACGAGAAGACCGUGGUGCUGAAGCAAUCCUCUGUUACGUCGGAUGGCCUCGCAGUGGACUGGAUCUACAACCAUGUCUAUUACACGGACACGCACAAGUGCACCAUCGAGCUGACCAACUUCGAUGGCAAUAUGGGCAAAGUGCUGAUCGAGGAUUCACUGGACAUACCACGCUCCAUUGCCCUGGAUCCCAUUGAGGGGUGGAUGUACUGGUCGGACUGGGGAGCGUCCCCACGCAUCGAACGCGCCGGCAUGGAUGGCUCCCAUCGCACCACAAUUAUCAACUAUGAUGUGAAGUGGCCCAAUGGCAUCACUCUAGAUCUGGUGAGGAAGCGCAUCUACUGGGUGGAUGGCAAGCUGAAUGUCAUCUCCUCGGCCAACUACGAUGGCUCACAGCGCAGACAAAUAUUGUACUCCACGGAGUACUUGCGACAUCCCUUCUCGAUAAGCACCUUCGAGGACUACAUCUACUGGACCGACUGGGACAAGCAGACAGUCUUCAAGGCCAACAAGUUCACAGGGGAGGAUGUGGAGCCCAUCACAGCUGUGCAUAUGCUCCAACAUCCCAUGGUCAUUCAUGUGUAUCAUCCGUAUCGCCAGCCCGAUGGCAUUAAUCACUGCCAAUCGGUUAAUGGUCACUGCUCACAUCUUUGCCUGCCGGCGCCGCGCAUCAAUGAGCGCAGUCCUCGCAUCUCCUGCGCCUGUCCCACGGGCCUCAAGCUCAUGGCCGAUGGUCUCAUGUGCAUCGAAGAUCACACUGGCAUCGCUAAGAACGCGACUCACCCGGACAGCAGCAGCAGCAGCAACAACACUGAGGCGACGCAAACAACGGGCAGCGACUCCGGCAAAAUAGCCCUAAUAGUCAUAGGCGGGCUCCUUUUCGGAACUGCUAUUAUAUGCAUCUUCUACUGCCUUAUCAAGAGAUAUCCGAAGCGCGGCAAUACGAUUAACUUUGAGAAUCCCGCGUACAAUAAGACCACUGAGGAUACGUUCAGUUUGGAGAAGAAUACGUCGAUUAAUCGAUACGUCCCGGCCACCGAGGAAGAGGCACCGUUACGAGAUCAGGGCAUAGAAUGCGUCUGAAAGACACCAUAAGCAGAUCAUAUAUAUAAUGAGACAUAUCCUAACUGCGUUUAUCAAGAGCAGCAGCUACAACAUAAACAACAACAACAUGAAAACUCCUAUUAUCAAGUCCUUUAAGUUUAAGGCAACUUACUCAAAGAAACAAAGAGGAAAACUUUUGUUCAGUAAGUAAAAAGAAGCAUGCCAAAAAAGACAACAACAACGUAAAGCGAACGCACAACUGCUCAGAAUAUUUCAAUUACAAAAACUACAAGAAGUAGAAGAAGAAGAACAAGAACAACUAAAUAUUAUCAUGGGGAAAAGAAAAAAAUACUCAACAAAUUCAAUUUGUUGCUUAAUUUAAAAUGUAACUUAAAAUGUAAAAUUAGCAUAAGCCACAUAACAGACACGCCCACGUUCACACUCCCAUAACUAAUACACAACUAUUUCUAGGCGCAACGUUUUGACAUCAACUAACAGCGUCAAGAGACACAUAGACACACACACUCACACACACACACACAACAUUUGUAUGUACAUUCAUACCCACACACUAACACACACGCACAGGAGCGAGCCUCAAGUCACACACAGCCCGAAACUCAACAUUUAAUUCUUUAAGUCUUGAAAUAAAUUGUAUAAAGUUAAGAAUUAGUAAAUUUUUGGUUUCUGAAGUUACAAAAAAUAAAAAAUAAAAUACAAAAUUAAACUUUGAAAAGAAAUCAUAAUAAUUAAGGUAUUUGCAGCACUAUUAAUGAAUAUUGUAAAAUUUAGAUAAAUAUUUUUUGUUAUAAGAAAUAUAAGAAAUUGAAUUAAAAAAAAAAAUUAUUUAACAUAGAAGUUGGUUCAUAUUUAGCAAAAUUUUUAAAUAAAUUUUUUAUGUAAAUACAUUUUUGGGAAAUAAUAAAGAAAAUACACUAAAUCUCUACACAUAUACAUAUAAAGUAAUAUUUUAAAAUUUCACAACACGAUUGUUGUUGCCUAUAUUUCGCUCGUUAUCUUUGGGUAUUCAGAACAAUUUGCUGUGAUCAGUUUUAACAUAUUAAAAUACUAUUUCGCAAUUUACUUUUAAUUAUUUAAAUCUUGGAAAACGCUUCUCAUUUAUUUAGUAUGUAAUAUAUUUUAAAAUCAUCAAUUUAUUUAUUUAACAAAAAAAUAAAAAUUUGUUUGGUUCCUAAAAAAAAACAUAUGGAACUGAAUUUGGUAAUUGAGAAAUAUUAUUAAAUAAUUUAAAAUAUUAAUGUGUAAUGGCUUUUAAAAUCAUUAGCUAACAAUUAAAAUAAAAAUGGUACAUGUCAAAAAUAAAUAAAUAAAAAAAUAUUGUAAAAUAAUGUUUAUUCAAAAAUAAAGUGAAUUCUAAAA